AUGAGCCUACCCCAGUUACCUCCCGAAAUGAGCCCACCCCAGUUCCUCCACAAUGAACCUGCUUUGGUUUCUCUUUACAACAAAUCUGUCCUAGUUCCCCUUUACAAUAAACCUUCCCUGGUUUCUUCCUGCAAUGAGCCUGCCCCAGGUUCUCCCCACAAUGAACCUGCCUCAGGUUCUCCCCACAAUGAGUCUGCAUUAGGUUCUCUCCACAAUAAGUCUGCCCCGAGUUCUUUUCAUAAUGAACCUGUGCCAAUUUCCCUUCGGUAUAAACCUGCUUUGGUUCAAAGAUUUGUCCUGGUUUCAGAUACCCUAGUUCAUAAAUUAAUUGAUAAAAUCAAUCAACUUGAAAAAAGAACAGAGGCAUUAGAAGCACUCCAUAAUAACAAGAAACGUAAAGUUAUUGUGAUAGAUGAUUAA